CUCUAUUUUUUGGUUUGUUUUUUUAUUGAGAUAUUAAAACUCUGCAUUGCAUACUUUGAUCCACAUGUACAAUGAAUGUGUUCGAUCACAUGGGUUCAUGUUGACAUUUCACAGCCAUGCAGCAUAUUAAUUGACGGCAAUUACAUCUUGUCUUGGCUGGUGAGUUUGGGAAUGUGGAGUUUCCCCACAAGCUUUUCUGUAGCGCCAUUGUUUCUUCUAAUUUAUGCAUGCGGCCUCUUUUUAUCAUACGUAAUGGUGCAGCGUUACGUAACGCGCGUUUAUUUUUUCCCACUUUUUCCAUGGUCUGUGAUGGUGGUAGCAAUGCACGGUAGCAGCAUAGUGUCACAGUCAUUUCUGCAACAUCUCCUCACUGUCCUUUUGCUCUUUCCUCUUUACCCCACUUGUCCCAGUGAGCUCAUUGCCAUGCGCACGUUCUCGCAGGCAAGUGACCUUCAGAGUACUCUUCGUCUACUUUCCUUUUCACACACGCCAGGAGCCCAGUGUCAUAAAAAAUGCACUUUCUUCAGAUUCCAGUUGAUUUAGUCACUCAUCCUUGCUCCGCUCUUUUAAAACCCUUUGUAAGACAACCGUGGCACAUUAAAGAGCAUUACGAGGCGGUGCCAAAACGUGGCUGACCCGGGUGGUGUGUACGCAGGGCUAGUGAAUGGAAUAGAUUGUACGAACAUGCAUCAAUGUACAUUUACAGGGAGCAUCAGGCUUGUGAGUACUGCAGCCUCAGCUGGAUGCAGUCGAUUGCCUUCUUUCUCCCUCCAACCCCAUCUCUCAUCUGUCGGAGCCGUCCACCCCCCUCCAUCCCUCCCUCCAGACCCCCACCACCCCUCCUCCGCCACCUCCCCGCACUCUGUCUCUCUCUCUUUCGUGCUCCCUCUCCCUCUCUCUCUCUCUCUCUCUCUCUCUCUCUCUCUGUGUGCACCUCGAGCUUCGGUAGCGGCACUCUUGAGCAUCCUUGCUGCUGCUAUAAAUAUCUGCUGGAAGCAGUAGAGCGGCAGCAGCAGCAGGCAGGCCAGGGGGAGCUGCCGGAGACUGGACCAGAGGACAGGACAGGUGGAGGAAUUGAAAACAAGUGUGUUGAGAGGAGAAGAUGGUAGAUGAUUAGUUUAGUUUCCUCAAGUAGAGAUCAGAAAGUGUUGUUUGUAAAUGUUUUGGUUGUUGGCCUGUGGUAGUGUUGGGGAGUCAAUGGAGAUUCAGACUGUUAUGGACCAUAUUCAAACUGGACUGCCAAUGGCUGAUGUUGGAGACUCAUUCAAUCUCUUCAGUUGAGAACGGAGCUGCACUUCUACUAUGCCAGGAUCUACAGUCCCCGGACUUAAAACCCACCUGGACCAGGCUGCCGCUCAUUUAGUUUUGUAGAGACAUGCAGGCCGGUAUGGGCCGGGGUGGGGCUGAGAUGUCAUGCUCCUGUGUUGCUGGUGGUGCCUGAGGUCUGAAGCGGUAGAACUGGACAGCAGGAGGGUGGACCACCACGUGUUGAACUGUGAGGCUGGUGCCUCCACCGCCAUCACAGCAGUAGCCCUCGACCAAUGGGAGCCGGAAACGAGCAACGCUGUCUUGAAGCCCUCUCAGAGCGUGAAGAAUUCAACCUUUAGCUUACCAUCCUACCACACCAACAGUAACAGCUAUGAGUACUCUGAGCAGAGCCGACAAAGUGAACACGCGGGCCUCUGUGGACUGUCGAACCUUGGCAACACUUGCUUCAUGAACUCUGCUGUGCAGUGUUUAAGUAAUAUCCCUCCCCUGACGGACUACUUCCUCAAAGACAAGUACACGAGUGAGCUGAAUGUGGACAACCCCCUGGGCAUGAAAGGAGAGAUUGCCAGAGCCUACGCUGAGCUUAUAAAGCAACUGUGGUCAUGCAAAUACAGCUAUGUUACGCCAAGGCCUUUCAAGACCCAAGUGGGCCGCUUUGCCCCUCAAUUCUCAGGCUACCAGCAGCAGGACUCUCAUGAGCUGCUGGCCUUUCUCCUGGAUGGUCUUCACGAAGACUUGAACCGGAUCAGGAAGAAGCCGUACAUCCAGCUGAAGGAUGCCAACGGCCGGCCCGAUAAGGUGGUGGCCGAGGAGGCUUGGGAGAACCACAUCAAGAGGAACGACUCCAUAAUCGUUGACAUCUUUCAUGGCCUGUUUAAGUCUACCUUGGUGUGUCCUGUGUGCUCCAAGGUCUCCGUGACUUUUGAUCCCUUCUGCUACUUGACGCUACCUCUGCCCAUGAAGAAGGAGCGCACACUGGAGGUUUAUCUAGUCAGAUUGGAUCCUCUGGCCAAACCCACGCAGUACAAACUGACUGUGCCAAAGGUGGGCUCCAUCUCAGACCUGUGCACCUCCCUCUCCAGUCUGUCUGGGGUGCCUGUUGAAAAGAUGAUCGUAACAGACAUCUACAGCCACCGUUUCCACCGGAUCUUCGCCACCAAUGACAACCUUAGCAGUAUCAUGGAGAGAGAUGAUAUCUACGUGUUUGAGAUUGCGGUGAACCGAGUGGAGGACACGGACCACGUUGUGAUCCCAGUCCACCUGAGAGAAAAGUACAAACAGUCAGGAUACAACCAGACCAGCACGCCGCUGUUCGGGCAGCCUUUCCUCAUUGCUGUGCCUAGGAUGCUUAAUGAGGACAAACUCUACAACAUGCUUCUACUACGCCUCUGCCGGUUUGUGAGAUCCACUGUAGUGGAAGAUGAGGAUGACUGUGAAGAGACCCAGUCAACCAAACAACACACUGUCAACGGCAAUGCCACCAAUGGCGUAUUGGAGGAGGGGUCGCCAAGUGAAAUGGAGACUGAUGAGCAGGACGAUGAGUCCAGUCAGGAUCAAGAGUUGCCCUCUGAGAAUGACAACAGCCAGUCCGAGGACUCCGUGGGCGGGGACAACGAGCUGGAGAACGGUGUGGUUGCCCCGCAGAUCUCCACGAAAGGCCAACAGACCAGCGGGCACAGCAAAAAGAGACUUUUCACAUUCCAGCUCAAUAACAUGGGAAAAAUUGACUUUUCACUCAUCAAGGAGGACACGAGGCAGAUCCGGUUUGAUGAGGGACACUUACGGCUCAAUGACCGGUCUUAUCUGUCUUUGGAUUGGGAGCCGAAGAAGAAGAAGAAGUACUUUGACGACACGGUUGUUGAGGACUUUGACAAGCACGAGAGCAUGGAGUACAAGCCUCAGAAGAAGGCCUACUACAAGCUAAAAGACUGCAUUGAACUGUUCACCACUAAAGAGAAGCUGGGAGCUGAGGAUCCUUGGUACUGUCCAAACUGUAAGCAACACCAGCAGGCCACAAAGAAGCUGGACCUCUGGUCAUUGCCUCCAGUGUUAGUGGUCCAUCUGAAAAGAUUCUCCUACAGUCGCUACAUGAGGGAUAAACUAGACUCCCUGGUUGACUUCCCACUCAGCGAUCUGGACAUGUCAGAGUUCCUGAUCAACCCCAACAGUGGACCGUGUCGGUAUGACCUCAUCGCUGUCUCCAACCACUAUGGCGGCAUGGGCGGAGGCCACUAUACUGCUUACGCCACGAACACCGAUGAUGGAAAGUGGUACAACUUUGAUGAUAGCAGUGUGUCACUUGCCAGCGAGGAUCAAAUAGUGUCCAAAGCGGGCUACGUGCUCUUCUAUCAGCGCCAGGACACCGUGAAAAGCACCAGCGACUUCGCUCUUGACCGUGAGAAAGAGGAGGACAACGAGGAAGAGGAAGAGGAGGAGGAGGAAGAAGAAGCUGAGGAUGAGGAGGAAAAUGAAGGGAGACGGAGCGCCGCCUCGGUUCGGGGUGCAGCGUCUCCCGUUGCCGCUCGAAGCGAGGACCUGAACGAGAACCGGUGCGGUAAAGGUGACGAGUCGGAACAGGAAGACGAGGAGGAGGUGCCCUGUCGAGAUGUCACCAUGAGCGCCAACUGACAAGCGAGCACAUAAAGAAUAGGAAUGAGCGAGAGAGAGAAAUCUUUCCAUCCAAAGCCAUAUGGAUACACAGCAUGGCAAGCAGGUGCCAUGGGGCCCACCCGGGCUCGCCAGGUGGAGCCGAAGUGGGCGGAACGUUAGCGGUACGCUAAGAAUUCAGAGCCCUCCUCUGUGGCUGAAUCACUGUUUGUGUGUGUGUGUGUGUUUGUGUCACCUGUUGCGUUUUUUUGUUUCUAAAGGAAUUUGUGGCCGUUUGAUUCAGAGCAGUUUGUGUCUUUUAUAUCUCUGAGAGAAAGUUCUGAUUUUAAUAUCCUUAGUUUGUACAUAUUUUAAGCACUGAACAGUCAUGUGGUGUCAAUCUGCGCUGAAGCAUUCUGAACUUGCACAAUCACCAACCAUCCACUUUAAAAAAUAUCUUUUUAAAAUUUUGUUCUUAUUGCCAGACACGGCGGGACUUCAGAGAUGAAUGUGAUGUGACUUUUUUUCUGAUAAACACCAACAAGGUGUGCAGGAAGCUGCCUUCAUUAACGCACACGAUGCGUAUCUCAAGUCUGGACGCUUGUUGGAUUUUCAUUUUUUGUUUUGUUUUCUGAUUAAUUUUUUAAAAAAAUUAUUAUUUAAUGCCAAACUUGUGACGAGCUUCGGUCCGCUGCUCUUGCUGUGACCUUAUUUCACGUCCAGCUCUCUGUGGCCUCUUUUGCCACUCAACCCAAAGCAUGUCUGCAGCAAGAUGCUUUUGUGCUAAAUUAAGACCUUCAAUAAUGACAUGCCAUCGAUUUUACAAAUUAUCGGAGUUGUGUCUUUAAAUAGUCGGCAAUACUUUUUAGUGUUCGGAUAAUGUGUGUGUGUGUGUGUGUGCUCAGCCUUAAAUCUUAAUGUCACACACUUGUCCUCCCCUUUGCAUGCACGGCCCCUUUAAACACACUUGAAUGUCCAGGAGUCAAGAAGCUCUGCUUGGCACGUCACAGCCACAUAAUCUCCUUUUUCGUAGUCCACAGGAGGGCCAGAAUGUAUGCGACCACAUGUAUGUGAUUGCCUUCCCCCCCCCCUUAAAAGGGCCGUAUUUGUUGUUUUUUAUUUUUUUGUUUUCCCUUCUGGUUGGUUGAAUGUGAUGGUGAUGGCUUCUCUCGCCUUUGGACUCUGGCUGAAUGCUUCUUGUUGUGUUUCUGAGCUUCUGGGGGUUAGGGGCUGAGGUUUGGGGGUGAGUCAGCCUUCAAAAUGGAAAAAAAGGCUUUUUCAGCAUUUGGGAUCACGAUUUAUUUCGUGGCAGGUUGUUUGUUCCAGGGUAUUCCUCCAUUGGCGAUGCAUUUAUUCUCCAUGGUGGAGUGUGGCUGUCUUUGCUUUCAGUUUGGCGACCCGUCGCUUUUUGAGCGUCUCUGUGUUUCUCGCCUUGCUUUUGGCCGACUCACUCCUUCCCGAGUGAGCGCGAAUGAGACCGCUACGAUAGACUUAUACCGUACUGUACAUAAGAGUUCACUCUGUGAGUGCACAUUUGAUAAAAGUUUAUUUAUUUAUAUGUAAGCAUUUCAUAAGGAAACAAUAUAUUUAAAACCCAGGCAAGAGUGGAAUGAUUUUGAAUAGAAAUGGUGAGGUGGUGUUGCUUGUGCUCUUGUCAGGGAGUUUUUUGUUUUUUUUGUUUUGUUUUUAAAAAAAAAAAAUUUAAAAAAAAGGAUGUCUCGUUUUUGUGAAUAAUCCAGGCAUCCUUGCAUGAUGAGGGGUUUCCAGGUUUGGCUGCACUUGGGUUUACAUUUGAAAUGUGCAUGUGUAUUUAUACACAAUGUUCAAUAAAGUUGUGUA